AUGGCGCAAGCGAGGACGCCAGCGAGUGGAUCAAGGACUUUUACGUUCUCACCGAUGUACGACACGAAGAAAGUACGACUGACCAUGAGCAUCCAGGGCCACGCCCUGGUUCCGACGUCCGCCAAGAACGCAGACAUCCUGCACAAGGUGCAGACGGAGGCGUGGGGAGGGGCGGCCACAGACGACAACUACGACCAAGAGCCGCAGAGAUCCACGCUGGAGAUCCCGCCCGUGCCCAAGGGAACCAAGGUGAACGAGCUGCAGCGCGUACUCAGCGUCAUCCUCAGGGGAUGGCGCGGAACGAAAAAGCUGGGCGAGGUCCCGAGAGGGCCCACGGCGAAGCAGCUCCUGGGCAAGAAGUAG